AUGCCCAACAGCAGCAGGAGCAAUAUCGGCAUGGCCACGGCGGCCAGCCCGAGUCAAGCUACGGUAGCAGGCCUGCCAAAGACUACACGAAGGCGCUCCCCCCGAACGUGCUGUCAAAUAUCUUCUUUCAAAUACCAGCACGUCCGCAUCGACGCCGUACACUACUGCGAGCUUGAGAUCGAGCUAGCGGCCAAGAGGAAGAAGAACUCGUUCCUGAACCACAAUGCGGAGCCGCUCGAUGCGCCCCGAACCCGCCUGAUGCUGUUCAUGCGGACGGUUCGGGACUCGCGGGCGCUGGGGUUGAUGGUGAAGUCGCUGCGCAUGCCGUACAUGACUCGAGAGGCCAACAAGAGCGAGCUUGCACGGACGGUCUCGGUGCUUCCCAACCUACGCUACGUCGACCUGCCGGCCGGGUUCUUCAGUGACGACACCCUCUCGCAUACGCUGAAGCAGGAGCUGCUGGCUCGGUGUCCGGACAUCCGGCGCAUGAAGUUCGCGCGAGGGGCGGAGGGCAGUUUCUCACGCAUGCCCAAGACCAAGGGCUGGCCCAACCUGGAGGUCCUGGAGCUUUCGGGGCUGAACAUCGAGACAAACCUGCUGCGCACGGUGCUGGGCUACUUUGAGCGGCUGACGGAUCUCAAGCUCGAGGACAUGCCGUCGCUAGAAGACACGGUCUUCAAGUCCGUCGCGACGCUGCCCGCCUUUCCACCCUUGCAGCGCCUGACCUUGACGGACACACCCAAGAUCACCAGCCAGGGGCUGUGCUGGUACCUGUCCAGCCCCCGCAGCCGCGACGCUCUCCGACACCUGUCCGUGGCGAACACGGGCGUCGAGCCCCAGCGCCUGCAUGAGGUGCUGGCCCAGGCACCGCUGAUCUCGAGCCUGUCGAUGCAGCAGGAGGUAACGCGGGAGUUCCCGCCAGACCACGUCCCGCCGCUGGCAUCCGGCUCUCUGCGCCUGCUACACUACGAGAUCACGUCCGAGUGCGGCUCGUACGGCGUGCAGGCCCUGUCGACCUCGUACUACACCUACCUGAUGUCCUCCCUGCUCACCGGCGCCCUCCCGGGCCUGACAGACCUGUACGUGCGCGACGCCAACUUCCCCGAGACGCUGAUGCUUGCGCCGCCGCCGCCCGUCUUUGGCGACGGCGGCCGCCAGUCCCACGCCGGGGCCGGGCUCAACCAGGCGCUGUCCGUGUACAGCAAGGGGGUGGACGAGCUGGAGUGGAACUUUACCGCCUACCAGCCGUUUGCGGAGGGCGGGCGCCGGAUGAGCGCGUCGCGGCCGGUCAGCCUGCAUGGAGCGCAGCUGAGCCCGGCAUGGGGCGGGGAGGCGCGCAGGAGCGUCCUGAGAAGCGAGAUCUAUGGCGGUGACCUCUCUACUUCUACUCUACUACCACUUCUACUCUUCUACUACACUCUACUACAUCUCUUCUACUCUACUACAUCCUCUACUACCACAUCUCUUCUACUACACUCUACUACUAUACCAUUCUACUACUAUACCAUUCUACUACUUCUACUCUACCACUACUUCUACUCUUCUACUCUACAUCCUCUACUUCUACUCUACUUCUACUCUUCUACUCUACAUCCUCUACUCUACUUCUACUCUACUCUUCUACUCUUCUACUCUAUUCUACUGCCGCUGCCGCUUAUGUAA